AUUACAGCAAAUGCGGAGUUGCAGGAGAGACAAACCAUGGGAAUGGAAAGGUGGUGAACCCUGGAGCAUGGCCGUGGCAAGUUGCCUUCUUUGACAACACAAAUGAAACACAUAUGGAUAUUGUUUGUGGGGGGUCACUGAUUGCAGAAGAUUGGGUGUUAACAGCUGCUCACUGCUUUACUAACAGAACUCUGGACAGUUUAAUUGUUGGAGUGGGUUUGACUCACCUUGAUAAUGACCGUCGAAGCCAAGGGUCAGAUAGCUCUCGCAUGGAAAUAGUUUUAAUUCAUCCAGAAUAUAAGAAUCAAAAUGUAAAUAUUCAUCAACACGGAUCCAGGUCAGAACACAAAACGUCGAGUUUUGAUUAUGACACCUCCAACUUCCAACAAGAUUUGUUCAAUAGAAAACGCUACGAUUAUGACAUCGCUCUUGUCAAGUUGGAGAAGAAAAUAAAGUUCACGCCCUUUAUACGACCUGUCUGCCUUCCCAGACUCAGUGAAGCUCUGUUACAAACACCUAGAUAUGAAAAUGUGAAAGUCAUUUUGAAUAACACAGCAAAAGUUUUAGCAUUCCUACCAGAACAAAUAAAUGGAGUUCCAGCCACAAAGAAAACAUUAGUUACGGUAACAGGAUGGGGAACAGAUUUGCCACAGGGUCAUCGAAGUUCAGAAAGCGAUCCUCUUGCCUUGCUACAGCAAUCAGUUCGUGUACAGCCUAGACAUAGGUGCAAAAGUGCUCUCAAACAAUUCGCUAAGUUUACCCCCAGGUUAUUCUGUGCUGGACCCCACACUGGUUUAGGUGACCAGGGCUGCAGGGUUGGAUCUGGGUCCCCUGUCGUCAUGAGUGUACCAGAGAACGGGCAUGGUGGAGCUCGCUGGGUUCAAGUGGGCGUACAAAGUUUGAAUGAUAAUUGUCGUUUAAAUUAUGACAGGUUUAGUUUUAAUACGGAUGUAACAAUGACGAUGCCGUGGAUAAAGCGUAUACUGUCACAUUCGAUUAAAGCAUCAGAUAAUAACUUAGGUCCUAAUACCACCACUAACAGUGCUAGAUUACAUGUACAAUAA